AUGCUGGAGGUCGGGAACGCACGAGAGGUCGAGAGGGAGAGCGCGGUGCGAGUGGUGCUGAUCGACCCGACAAAAGGCAGCCCGCUAGCAUCAUUGCGCGCGUUCAAGGGGCCAUCGGGGCACGUGCCCUUCCCCAACAAGUGCCCCGGGCACCCCUUCAGGGGCGAGUGGCGGAGCGUGGCGUUCGGCCCCGCGCAGCGCACGCUGCUGGCCGCGGCGAGCUACAGCACGACGGGCGCGCUUCGCCUGCCGGAACUCACCGACGCUCUGCACGUGUUCGACACGGUCACAGCGGACGUCAAGGCGCGAGUGCCGCUGAACAACACGCCGGACAGCGUCUACUUCGUUCCCCUCGCUAACGAGGUGUGGGUGCACGCGGCUGACGUGGCGGACCGCUACUCGUUCUCCAUUCUGUCGGCGCAGCCGCCAUACGCGGAGGUGCACAGCCAGGGCAUCAACACCAUGUUACCCGCGGGGCGCGCGCGCUUGCUGCAGAGCCCUAACCUGGGCACGCGCGGCUAUUUGACGACCUCGGGAUCAUCGGGGGUGUACGCAGUCGACCUCGCGCGCCCCUCUACCGCGCCCGCGCUCUUCCUCUCCUUCCAGGAAGCUGCAGCCGUCUCACAGCGCGCCUGCCCCGGCGCGCUUUCCAGCGCGUAUGCGCGCGUGCUGCGCCACACAUUCGUCUCCUGCGCGCUUCCGCCCUCCGCCUCCCCCGUCUCCCCUGCUGACGGCGGAAUCGGGAUCGGCGUGAGCGAGGCGGGCGCGGGCGCACGGAAGGCGGGCGCGGGGGAUGGAUUGGCGGGAGCGGGGAAGCUGGCGACGGUGCAGAUCGACGCGCGCACGAACCUGAUCGUGGGCGUCUGGCCGUUCGCUGGCGAGCUGUACAUGGCGCCGGACGAGAGCUUCCUCUUCGUGCUGGAUGCGACAAACAAGGCCAUCCACCUGCUGCAGCUGAGUGCCGUCCAGCCGCCGCCCUCGCAGCCCAACGGGCAGCCGCAGCCCACGCCGCGGCCGCGCCCCAACGUGACAGCGUGGCAGCCGCUGACGUUCAACGUGGACUACACGCCGCUCAGGAUGGUCUUCACUCCCAAGCCGCCGCACUACCUGGUGUACAUAAGCGUGGCGGAGGGCGGCGUGAUAGGGCGGCUGGACAUGCAGCAGCUGAUGCAGUGCGGCAGCGGGUGCUCGCAGGGCAACAUGCAGUCCUUCGUGCAGUUCGAGCAGCAGAUGGGCGACAACUCACCCCCAAGAGGUGGGCUCGUGCUCUCACGGCCCGUGGCAGCAGGCGGGGGCUAUGUGUGCCAGGUGGCGGCGUACGAUCGCAGCAUAGUGUGCUUGGAGGAGGCCACGGGCCAGAAGACGCCCUAUGCCAACAUCAGCGAUGUGCAACACUUGAUAUUCGUCCCCGGUGACUACGUGGGAUCCCCCACCUCGACUGCGUUGAACACCAGCCUUGAUUGCGCCACUAUCCCUAGAGACAUGAGUGUGCCACCAGCUCCGCCUCCUCCCUCUUCAGAGCCCAAGGCGGGAAUGAGCGAUCGUACUUUCGGAUCUCUUUGGCAUAUAGUGAUGCUGACUUCCUCAUGCCGGCGCGCCCUUUCCUCGCUGUCCUUCCAAGCAUUCGACGUCGAGCAUUCGCGCUCGUUCGAGUUCUCGUACCCUUCAGUCUCACAACCUCUCAAGCGCCGGUCCAUGGCUCCUGCAGAGGGCGAGGGUAACUGCGUGGGGUACGCGGCGCGCGACGCGAGCGGGGAGCUGGCGCCGUGGAGGUUCCAUCGGCGGGAGGUGGGGCCCGGGGACGUGAAGAUCCGCAUCACUCACUGCGGCGUCUGCCACAGCGACGUGCACUUCACGCGCAACGACUGGGGCUACUCGCUGUACCCCAUGGUCCCCGGUCACGAGAUCGUGGGGGUGGUGGAGGAGGUGGGAGCAGCCGUGAGCAAGGUAGCUGUGGAGCAGCGGGUGGGCGUGAUGGGCAUCAUGGGGUCGUGCGGUGGGUGCGAGGCGUGCAGGCAGCACGAGGAGCAGUUCUGCACCAAGUGCCUCUUCACCUCCAACUCGGUGGACCCUCACUCGCCGUCUGGCGAGGCCACUUACGGCGGCUACUCCUCCUUCAUCGUGUGCGACGAACACUUCGUCCUCUCCAUCCCUGCUGAGCUGGCAUCUGACGUGGCAGCGCCCCUCCUGUGCGCUGGCACCACAGUCUACUCCCCCAUGAUGCACUACGGUGUCAACAAGCCCGGCAUGCGCCUGGGGGUGGCAGGGCUGGGCGGGCUGGGCCACGUGGCAGUGCAGAUGGGGCGCGCGUUUGGCAUGCAUGUCACUGUGCUGAGCAUACAGGCGCACCAAGAGAGGGACGCCAGGGAGCUGUUUGGGGCAGACAGGUUCAUUCUCACCACGGACGCGCCUGCCAUGCAGGCAGCAGCGGGCUCACUGGACGUCAUCAUCGACACGGUGCCAGUGCAGCAUGACCUGGGGCCCUUCCUCGACCUCCUCACGUUCAACGGGAAGCUGCUCGUUCUAGGAAUUCCUGUAGCCCCCUUCACUCUCCACGCAAGCCAGCUUGUGUUCGGGCGCAAGAUGGUUGCAGGUGGGUUGAUUGGAGGAAUCAAGGAGACUCAGGAGAUGCUGGAGUUCUGUGCAAAGAAGGGUGUGGCGCCCAUAGUGGAGAGCCUUGAUAUCAAAGACAUCAACAAGGCACACGAACGUUUGCUGAAGGUAACAUAA